AUGCAGUGGGGGCACGGGGGGCCGCUCGCCCGCCGCAAGCCCUCAGCUCAACAAGUCCCAGGCCCGCAAGCGCGCCCACUCGCACCGCGCCUAAGCACCACAGGGCAUCGCAGGCUCUGUGAGAAACUCCGUUGCCAUCCGCACCCUGCCCGGCCGCCCAAUCGCCAGGCAGCAAGGAUUCGGUGCUGGCGUGGCAGCGGCAGACCGGCGCUGCAUGGCACCCCUGGAACAGGGUGGCGAAGAAUUGUGUGCAGGGCGGAGGGCGUCGAGGGCAGAUUGGAUGCCAAUGGCCUGAAAUUUGGCAUAGUCGUGGCGAAGUUCAAUGACAUAGUCACGAGGCCCUUGCUCGCUGGCGCGCUGGCGGCGAUCGAUCGCCACGGAGGCGUCUCCGCGGUGGACUCCCAGGCAGGUGGCUUGGGUUCCGGGAAGCUUUGA